UCUCAGACUGCAGCACACACGCCUGCUGCGUCUCCUCUUCGGGAACCUAGCCGUCGGUUGCCUUCUUCCCUUGCAGGCCUCUCCAGACGGCAAAGGCGACCAGAGAGUCCUUGCGCUUCUCCUUGGGGCACCAUGCCUAACGAUGAAGCGUUCAGCAAGCCUUCGGCACCGUCGGAGGCUCCGCACGCCCCCGGGGCACCGCCGCAGGGAAAGCCUGGGGGCUUCGGCAAAGCAGCUGGGUCGCUGCUGGGGGGAGCCGGAGGCUCGGGUGCCGGGGGCAGCGGCGGAGGCUCUGGCUCCGGGGCGUCGGGCCUGGGUGCUGCGAGCAAGAAGUCCCCUCGGCUGCCCAAGUGUGCGCGCUGCAGGAACCACGGCUAUGCUUCGCCUCUCAAGGGCCACAAGCGCUUCUGCAUGUGGCGUGACUGCCAGUGCAAGAAGUGCAACCUGAUCGCCGAGAGACAGCGCGUGAUGGCCGCGCAGGUGGCUCUGAGAAGGCAGCAGGCCCAGGAGGAGGAGCUGGGCAUCAGCCACCCUAUCCCGCUGCCCAGUGCAGCUGAGCUACUUGUGAAGAGAGAGAACAAUGGCAGCAACCCGUGCCUGCUGACUGAGGGCAGCAGCCCCUCGCAGCCACCACCGGCCAGUACUCCCACCACUGGUGCUUCAGAGGGACGUAUGGUCAUCCAGGAUAUUCCUUCUGUCACCAGCAGAGGGCAUGUGGAGAACGCACCUGACCUGGUUUCUGACUCCACCUACUACAGCAGCUUUUACCAGCCCUCUCUGUUUCCUUACUACAACAAUCUGUACAACUAUCCGCAGUACUCCAUGGCCUUGGCUGCUGAUUCCUCUCCUGGGGAUGUGGGAAGUCCCCUUGGAGGGUCCCCUGUGAAGAACAGCCUUCGGAGCCUCCCGUCACCUUAUGUGCCUAGUCAGGCAGGAAACCAGUGGCAGAUGAAGAACUCUGAGAACCGCCAUGCGAUGAGUUCCCAGUACAGGAUGCAUUCUUACUAUCCGCCUCCCUCUUACCUGGGCCAGAGCAUGUCCCAGAUCUUCACUUUCGAGGAUGGCCCGUCUUAUUCGGAAGCCAAAGCGAGCGUAUUCUCGCCUCCCAGCAGUCAAGAUUCUGGCUUGGUUUCCCUCUCCAGCAGCUCUCCCAUUAGUAACGAGAGCACAAAGGGAGUGCUUGAAUGUGAGUCUGCGUCGGAGCCCAGCAGCUUCGCGGUCAAUCCCGUCAUCGAGGAGGACGAGUGA